AUCUGCUCACACUUUUUUCUAUGAAGAUUCGUAGUUGGAAAGUUUUUUUUGACGGAUACAAGUUUUGAAGUUCAAGUUGAAAUUAAAUUGUAUCGUUUAGCAAGAAAUUUAUUAAUUUCGUAUUCACUUGAAGAGAAAUAAUUAAAACAAAAAUAUGUUAUCACGUUUUGGUCUUCGCUAUGGUUACAAGAUAUUUCGUACUAAUGGAUCCAGUCUGCAAUACUUUUCAACUGGUACCUUAGAAAUAGAAAAGCCUUUGCGACCAGAAUAUCCAGCUCCAGUGAGACAUGGUUUUAUUCCUGAAGAGUGGUUUACAUUCUUUUAUCCGAAAACUGGUGUAACGGGACCUUAUGUUUUUGCUGCUGGAUUAUCCACUUAUCUACUUUCAAAGGAAAUUUAUGUACUAGAACAUGAAUACUAUACUGGCCUCUCUCUUGCACUAGUAUUAAUAAUAGGUAUUAAGAAGCUAGGUCCAUCUUUUGCUAAAAUUUUGGACAAAGAGAUUGAUGAAUAUGAAAAUGAUUGGGAAUCGUCGAGAACUAAUCAAAUUAAGGAGUUGGAAGAUUUAAUUGAUCACGAAAAGAAAGAACAAUGGCGAACGGAUGGCCAAAAAAUGAUACUUGAUAUAAAGAAAGACAACAUAAAUAUGCAACUUGAAGCUGCUUAUCGAGAACGUUUAGCUCAUGUUUAUCAUGAAAUAAAAAGACGUCUUGAUUAUCAAAUGCAGGUACAGAACGUUGAGCGCAAUCUAUCACAAAAACACAUGGUACAAUGGAUCGUACAAAAUGUAAGGAAAGCAUUCACUCCAGAACAAGAAAAAAUUGUUCUUACACGUUGCAUUAAUGAUCUACAGAAUCUUGUUAAGCAAGCUUAAUGAAACUGUUCAGACUUAUUGUAUAUGCUUUUGAAUAAGAAUAGUAAAUUCUCGAAUAAAAUUUUUAUCUAGUAAUUAUUAAAUUCCGUAUAAUGUAAAUUAUUUUUAAAAUGAAAUUAUAUUCUUUAGAUAAUUAUAGAUUAUUAUAGAUUAGGGAGAUUAGAUUAGAGAAUUAUAGAUAAUUAUAGAUAAUUAUAGUACUAUAGAGCUUUAUUAAUAGCACUAAACAUUAAAUUUCUUUUGAGUCCUGAAAUAUGUUAUUGACGUGAA